UCAGCGGCAUAAAAACACUAAAGAAGAGAGACCGCCAGGUGGGUGGCCUCCAGCUGCAGGAUGGAGCCUGAACAAGCCGCAGCCGCCGGAGUCCAGGUGAAGGACGAGCUCUCUGAGAAAUGUCAGAAGUUAUUCCUGGAGUUCCUGGAGGAGUUUCAGAGUCCAACAGGUGAGUUACUGUACCUGCCUGAUGCCCAAGAGCUGAUCCGGCCUGAGAGGAACACCCUGACUGUCAGCUUCACCAACUUAGAGCAUUUCAACCAGCAGCUGGCCACCACCAUCCAGGAGGAGUACUACAGGGUCUAUCCAUUUUUAUGUCGAGCAGUACGUCAGUUUGCCAGAGAUCAUGGCACCAUUCCUCCAUCCAAAGAGUUCUACGUGGCUUUUGCUGACUUCCCUUCAAGACAAAAGAUCCGGGAGCUUUCCACAGCUCGGAUUGGCUCUCUGCUUCGGAUUAGUGGCCAGGUGGUUCGCACCCACCCGGUCCAUCCUGAGCUAGUCAGUGGAACCUUCAUGUGUCUGGAUUGCCAGUCUCAAAUCAAGGAUGUGGAGCAGCAGUUCAAAUAUACCCAGCCCUCCAUCUGCAAGAACCCUGUGUGCGCCAACCGUAGAAGGUUCAUGUUGGACCCCAACAAGUCCCGCUUUGUCGACUUUCAAAAGGUCCGUAUCCAGGAGACACAGGCAGAGUUGCCUCGGGGAUCCAUCCCACGCAGUGUUGAGGUGGUUCUCCGAGCAGAAGCUGUGGAGAUGGCCCAGGCAGGAGACCGCUGUGACUUCACCGGGACACUCAUAGUAGUACCAGAUGUCGCAGCAUUGGCCAUUGCAGAGGCUCUGUGUCCAUCAGGGACUCGGUCAGAAACCAGCACCAGAGUGACAGGGAAGGAGGGCUUUGAGGCUGAUGGCAUCCAGGGACUUAAAGCUCUUGGUGUCAGGGAUUUGUCCUACAGACUGGCCUUCUUAGCCUGCUAUGUUUGUCCUACCAACCCACGGUUUGGAGGCAAGGAGUUGCGUCAGGAGGAUCAGACGGCAGAGAGUGUGAAGAAUCAGAUGACUGUGGAGGAAUGGGAGAAGGUCUUUGAAAUGAGCCAGGACAAGAACCUCUACCACAACCUGUGCAGCAGCCUAUUCCCCACCAUUCAUGGUAAUGAUGAAAUCAAGCGAGGCAUUCUGCUGAUGCUGUUUGGUGGUGUUGCCAAGAUGACCAUGGAGGGGACUACCCUGAGGGGUGACAUCAAUGUCUGUAUUGUUGGAGACCCCAGUACAUCCAAGAGCCAGUUCCUCAAACAUGUGGAGGACUUUGCCCCCCGUGCAGUCUACACCAGUGGCAAAGCCAGCAGUGCUGCUGGUCUGACAGCUGCUGUGGUCAAAGAUGAAGAGUCCCAUGAGUUUGUCAUUGAAGCAGGAGCCCUCAUGCUGGCUGACAAUGGUGUGUGCUGUAUUGAUGAGUUUGAUAAAAUGGAUCUGAAGGACCAGGUGGCCAUUCAUGAAGCCAUGGAGCAGCAGACCAUCUCCAUUACCAAGGCUGGAGUCAAGGCCACGCUGAAUGCUCGCACAUCCAUCCUGGCUGCUGCCAAUCCCAUCGACGGCCGCUACAAUAGAUCUAAAUCUCUGAAACAGAACGUCAACAUGUCUGCUCCCAUCAUGUCCCGCUUUGAUCUCUUCUUUAUCCUGGUGGAUGAGUGCAAUGAGGUGACAGAUUAUGCUAUAGCACGUCGCAUUGUGGACCUCCACUGCAGGAACGUAGAGUCUGUGGAGCGAGUCUACUCUACAGAUGAGAUCCAGAGGUACAUCCUGUUUGCCAGGCAGUUCCAGCCCAAGAUCACAUCAGAGGCUCAGGAGUUUGUGGUGGAUCAGUAUAAACGACUGAGACAGAGAGACUGUGGAGGAAACAGCAAGUCAGCUUGGAGAAUCACUGUGCGCCAACUGGAGAGCAUGCUGCGGCUGUCUGAGGCUAUGGCCAGGCUGUACUGCUCUGAUGAGGUCCAUCCGAAACACGUGAAAGAAGCUUUUCGUCUCCUGAACAAGUCAAUCAUCAGAGUUGAUUCUCCUGAUAUCAACUUUGACCCGGAGCAGCAGGAUGACCAGGACAUCAAUGACCAGAAUGACCUCCCAGGAGAAAAGGGAAAUGGGACCAAUGGGACCAAUGGACACACAGGAGAGAUGGACAUGGAGCAGCAGCCAAUCAAAGAUAAGGCGGCGACUACUAGACCAGCCCUGAAGAUGUCUUUUUCAGAGUAUCGCAGAGUUUCCAACCUCAUUGUGCUGCACAUGCAAAAGAUGGAGGAGAUGGAUGAGGAGUGCUCUCUGAAGAGGAGUGAGCUGAUAAACUGGUACCUGAAAGAGAUGGAGAGUGAGAUCGAAACAGAAGAGGAGCUGAUUGCAAAGAAAACCCUGAUAGAAAAAGUCCUGCACAGACUCAUCCACUACGACCACAUCAUCAUCGAGUUGACAAAGACGGGGCUGAAGAAGGUCGGCGAUGGAGACGAUCCAGGGACAGAGGACCCCCUCCUUGUGGUCAACCCCAAUUAUAUACUGGACGAAUGAGUGUGUGUGUGUGUGCGUGUGUGUGUGUUAGUGUUUUGAUUGAUCAGUCCUAUAAUAGCUGACAGCCAGCUGUCUCAUGUGUUUUGCUGACUCAUAGUAAAGGUGUCUAAUGGAGUGCUUGGA